GCAGAUGGCGAGGAGUGCGGGGUGUGCUACUACGGUUUCAAACAUGACCAUUACUCAGCUUCCCCUAAGAUAGAGCGGAUCUCAGAAUUAGAGUUGGAGGAAAAGACACCUGCCAGUAACGGUCUACACGACCCCGGGACAUCAGUCAAAGCAUUUCUUAUCUCCAUUAUAGGCUCUAAUUCUGUCGUUGCUUGGAUGUAUUCACUUUGCGACUUUCUCCCCUUUUUUGUGGAUUUAGUUUGUUUCGUGGAGGCCGCGCUAUAAUGACCAGAAGGUGUGCGCUACCUACUUUUAUGAAAUAAAGAAAGCGCCGAUUUCGGACAUUUAAGCACCUGCAGUUCUAGCCUUGCUGCCGCUUACAGAGGCGGUAAUCGGGACGCCUGCAGUUCUUGGCCCUUAUCCGCGAUGGACUGGCAGGGUAUGGCGUUACCCCGAAGACCUAAAUUGAAAUUAAUGGCCUGAAUAAAAAGUGACUUACUACCGUGACACUUCUGGAUGCUAAAGUUGUCUUAGUGCAAAUGAGAAUGACUUCAAUUUGAUUAACCCAGUGUUUGCUCUUCAGGAUGAAAUUGUGCAGCAGGUCACUCCUGCCAAUUCAAGGGCUCCUCCUGGUCUAUAUGAUAAUGCUGUGCUGCACGCUGAUGUCCGCCACAAACCACCAUCCCAGAGGGCAGACAGUUCAUCACCAAGUGAAGCAGGGGACAUGUGAAGUUGUUGCAAUACACCGAUGCUGCAACAAAAACAAGAUAGAGGAGCGUUCUCAGACAGUCAAAUGUUCCUGUUUUCCAGGACAAGUGGCAGGAACAACAAGAGCACAGCCUUCAUGUGUAGAAGCUUCCAUAGUGCUGCAGAAGUGGUGGUGUCAGAUGCACCCCUGUCUGGAUGGAGAGGAGUGUAAAGUGCUUCCAGAUCUCACUGGGUGGUCCUGUAGCACUGGGAACAAGGUCAAGACAACGAAGGUGACACGGUAGCAACACAAAUUGCUAACCAGCUAAGAAACCUAAGACUUGCUACCUAAAAUUCUCUGAGUACAACAAAGGCAGUCGGCAUGGCCGGGAGAAAACAGCCAACUAAACUACACAGGACGUUAUUUAAUUUGGGCCUGCAGAAGAAACUAUCAUAUGAAGAAAGGCCAAGAUGAAUGAACAGUGCUAAAGAUGGAAAGAAGCGGUGUGUAAAACACAACAAAGUGGGCCCAAAACAAUAAAAGGCUCUAACUUGAAUAUACUAUAUACCACUGUACCCUUAAAGAUGAUAACUUUAAUACAGUAACUACAUUGUGGAUGAAAUGCAAAUGCAGAGUAUCUGGUAUUGUUACUGAAAAUUUCAGAUGUAGGUUCAUCCUCAAAAUACCUUUAACAUUUUUUCCUGUAAAACUUUGGAUAAUGUUGCACAGAUUAGCAUAGGAAUUUAACCAUUGAAAAGCUGAUCUCACUUGACACUUGGAUUUCAGCUUUCUGAGAUACAAAGGCUUGUAUUUGUAACCAAGGGAGCACACAUGCAUUUUGAAACAAAUUAUUGUUAAAUUGCUCUUGUGCGUCAAGUUGUACCAUGAAAUGUUUUGAGAAAGUCAUUUUGCAGUUCUAAUUAAGGUUGCAGAUAGGACCAUAGCAAAUAUUGAGAAUUCAUGUAAGAUAUUUGCACUAGUUGAAAAUGUUUUCAGAUUUUUUUUUUAAUUUUAGCUAUUUCAUGUCCUUUUGCUGUUAAUGUUAAUAUGUCAAAUUAAAAAAAAACAUUUUAUAAGAUAUUUGUUUCAGA